AUGUCGCUACACGUUACCGUCGCCUACAUUUUCAACCCGGACUCAAUAGCGAGCGAACUGGGCGAUCCAAGAUGGACAACGCUCAUACAAGUGGCGCGUGAGCUGAAGCUGCGCGGGCAUUGCGUUCAGAUGCUCCCGAUAAAUCAAGGGACGGUGAGAGCGGUGCAAAGAGUGAGGAACUCCAGCCUGCUGCAGAACCUCAUCCGCGAAUUUGGCACUCAGAAGUGCGAGCGUGGGAAGCCGGACAAUCUCAGAAUGAGAGCUCCCUGUCGACCAUCGGGACGGACUGACGUUGCCAUUCUCUGGUCGAAUUACAACGGGAAUUACUUUCGCGCCGUGCCGAGAGUUGUCUACGAGAAUGGUUUCACGCGCGGCACCGUGAUCGUCGACCCUCGCGGCCUGCUUGGAGAUUCGUUCUACGUGCGAUCGCUCAACAGUCUCGUGCAGCGUGGGUACGACGACUCGCGCUGCCGCUUGCUCGUGCAGCGCCACCUGGAGCUGGACUCGAGCAAGCGGCCGCAGCAAUCGAUACUCGACGUGCCGGCGCAUGUUUUCAACAGCCGUUACGUCUUCGUGCCCACGCAGAAGUUCGACGACGUCUCGGUUAACAAGUUCAGCCACAUCACAUACCCUGAUCUUCUCAACCAGACCUGCUCGUACUGCUCCAGUCGCACGCUGCCGCUCGUCGUCAAGAUCCACCCUGCGAUCGACGGUCCGGAGAAGGCCCAGCAGCGUCGCCUCCUUCUGAGGCUGAACGAGAGCGCCUGCGGCUGGCUGCUCUUCGAGUCGAGCUCCUCGAUCAAUCUCCUCACCACGCACGCAAGGUUCACAGUCACACUCAAUGGCGGCACGCUCGUCGACAACUUCUACACGGGCACGCCCGUGCUAACGCUCGCGCGCUCGCUCUUCCAGCAUACCGAUGCGGUAGUGAGCCACUCCAACGUCCAGGCGGGGCUCGAGCGCAUGGCGAGCGUGACGUGGACUGAGACAAACCGAUUGCGGCAGCGGCAAGUCGCGUGCUGGAUCGAGCGCGCGAGCUUGAGCACCACCAAGACGCCGGCGGAGAACAUCGCCACCAUCGAAAUGCACCUACGCCACCACCACGGCGCGGCAGGGCUGGCAGUGUCUCUCGCUCCGGUGAACAGCUCGUGCGCUAUUUCGCCUCCGCAAAGUGGGUCGCAUGGCAGUGUUCAGCUCCCAACGUUUGGCAGCGCUACCUCGUAG